AUGGAGCAAAUAAACAAAAUUAGAAGUGACACGAUGCAGCGCUCGCACUCUAACGCGCUAGACUCGCAGCGUUUUCAAGUAGAUUGCCACGGUGCGGGUAGUUUGCACAAAGCCAAGAAGAUAGUAGACGAUGCGCUUCUGCGAUAUCAGUGCGUCGACAUCAAGCUACCACUAGGAAGCAGGCCUGUAGUGGUAGGUGAGGAGGGCGAAGGCGUGCCCGUUGUCGAGGAUGUGAAUAUGGAGAAAGCGAUAUGCGACUAUCUCAAUGAGCUAGGAGUGGAUUACACGGUGGAUGAUAACGUCGCUGGGUGCAUUGAGAUACGCAGAGUUACUAGAAUACCUCCCGCUUUGAUCACCGACGUCGCCCAGAUGACUCUCGAGCAGGCUAAAGAGGUGGUAGUAGAGACGGCGCAUAAGUUCCCAGAGAGGGACCUUAGAUUGCUGACGGGUAUCGUGCCCAGUCGGCAAAUGAAAGACGUCAGCAAUCACCUUGCAGUUUAG